AUGGCGUCGACCAAUGUCAAGCACUUUAACCUGCAAGAAUUCGAGCUAUUUCUUCUCGGCGAUGGCGAGAAGAAAAUCACUGAGACUGUCUUUACUGGCAUGUCAAACACGUCGGACUUUCUUCUCCUGAAGGAAGACCAUACUCUCGGCAAUCUCCUUGCCGAGCGGCUCAAGGGGCACGACAACGUCCUGAUGGCCGGAUACAAGAUCGGCCACCCUAACGUACCGGAGGUCUUAAUCCGAGUCCAAACAGACGGAACUAUCACGCCACGCGAUGCCUUGAUCCAAGCCUGCGAAGAUUUGGUGUUCUUGUUUCACCAGCUCAAGCAGGAGUUCCAGAAGGAGUUGGCCCUCCGCCAGUUGACCGACGCUGGAAGCCAAACCAACGCCAACAAUAACAAUGGGCAAGGUGACUUUUGA